AUGGACAGGUUCAAACACUAACAACAAUGGUAAUGAUGGUCAAGGUCGUGCUGGAUCAGAUAGAAACAAUAUCGUGUUGAUGAAUAACCAAGUGUAUCCAGAGGGCACUGGUGUAUAUAAUGGACCUGGUCAAGAGUUUGGACAUUAUGGUGUCAACUACCCAAUCCACGCCAGUGAAGCACCUCUUGGUAUUGACGUUCUGCGAAGAUUGGCCUUCCUCGAACCAGGACAAUUUGGCGGUGAGAUGUCAGAAUUAGAUGAUGCUGGAACUUAUUUCAAUCUGGGGGCUAUCAAGGCACCAGACGCCGGCACCUACCAUUAUAUGUGUACCAGAAACAACGCUUUCACUAACCGCGACCAGAAGGGGCGUCUUCACGUACAUCCCUACACCAUGGAAACCAGAAGUAUUGGUCAGAUGGGAGGAACUUUACAAGCAAAGUAA